UUUAAGGACCUGGAAACAAUAAUAUCAGAGAGGGCUUGAGGCAACAGAAACAGAAAAAUAGAAAAAUAGAAAAGAAAAAAAUUAAAAUAUAUAUAAAAGAGGCAGGCAGCUUAGCUUUGUUUCCUCGUUGUUAGGUAGCUUUGUUUCCUCGGUUGUUCUUGUUCUUGUUUGCUGUGGUAUAGUGAGGAAGGGAAAUAAAUAAUAAAAAGAAGAAGAAGAAGAAGAAGAAAAUUAAAUAGUUUUGGAGAGAGAGAGAGAGAUGGGGAGGGGGAGAGUGGAGCUGAAGAGGAUUGAGAACAAGAUCAACAGGCAGGUGACCUUUGCGAAGCGAAGGAACGGGCUUUUGAAGAAAGCCUACGAGCUUUCCGUUCUUUGUGAGGCUGAGGUUGCUCUCAUCAUCUUCUCCAAUAGAGGAAAGCUGUACGAGUUUUGCAGUAGCUCAAGCAUGCUCAAAACUCUUGAGAGGUACCAGAAGUGCAACUAUGGAGCACCAGAGACAAAUGUAUCUGCAAGGGAGGCCUUGGAAUUGAGUAGCCAGCAGGAGUAUUUGAAGCUCAAGGCACGUUAUGAAGCCCUACAACGAAACCAAAGGAAUCUUCUUGGAGAAGAUCUUGGCCCUUUAAGCAGCAAAGAGCUUGAAUCACUUGAAAGGCAGCUGGAUAUGUCUCUGAAGCAGAUCAGAUCGACACGGACCCAAUGCAUGCUGGAUCAGCUCACAGAUCUUCAGCGAAAGGAGCACAUGCUAAAUGAAGCAAAUAAGACCCUGAAACAAAGGUUGUUUGAGGGAUACCAUGUAAAUUCACUCCAAAUGAAUCCAAAUGCUGACGAGUACGGCCGGCAACAAACUCAAGCUCAUGGCGAUGGCUUCUUCCAUCCCUUAGACUGCGAGCCGACGUUACAGAUUGGAUACCAGAACGAUCCAAUAUCAGUGGUCACAGCAGGUCCAAGCGUGAGUAAUUACAUGGCAGGAUGGUUGCCAUGAUAAUAGAAAGUGUGUAUGGAGAGCAGCCAGCCAUGAAUGGUAAUGCAUAUUUUCUUUUGAUAAGAAGAUACAGUAUGUUCCUUUAUGUUUCUUCUUCUUUUUUUUCUUUUUUUAAAUUUGACCAAAAAAGGACCAUAUUGUAAUUGUAUGGACUUAUGCCAUAACUCUGGACCUGAAGAGUUGUGUGUGCAUGCUCUCAAGCAACUGUGCUUUCUUUCUUUUAGCUUCGCAAGCUUUGCUUUUGAAUUAAUAAUAUAUCUUUCUAAUAUUAGACUCUGUA